AGAAUGAAUGCGCCACCUUGCGGAAACGUCAUCGUCAAUGAAAUGAAUUCCAAAACAGAAAGUUGACAAAACUUGAAAUAAAUCAAUAUGGAAGGUGAAAAGAGAGACCAAAAACUUAAAGCAGGGAAAGAAAAAUUGGCACAGUUUCAGCGGAAGAAAAGAAAGAAAAAACCACGUAUAGACGAGACAGGAAGUUCCCCACCUAUAGCUGAAGCGACAAUAUCCCCAUCUGCUAAUGCUGAAUCAGAUCCAGCAUUCUUGCUUGAUAGUGAUACAUUGACCAUCAGUAGCUGCAGUGAGGAUGAUACAGACUCUGCUCAGGAGUGGUCCAGCAGAGCACAGCUACAGUUGAAAUCCAAGUUACAGGCGAAAUCUCAGAGAGUGGAAGAGCUAGAAGAAUCUCUUGUUGGCAAGCAGCUGGCACUGGAUAAAGUCAUACAGGAAAAUGAGAAACUGAAAACCUUGAUGAAACAUGUAGACCAUACUGACGUGUCAGAUGCAAACCACAAUCCUGUUGAAAAUAUGGCUGAAAGUCAAAACCAGUCCUGCUAUGCAAAUGGUACAGUUGAGAACCAGCAAGUUGAAGAUGGUUCCCACACAGGUACAGAAAAUGGAACUGGUUCCCAGGAAUUCAGUAUUUCAGAUGUUCAAGAACUCCUACACCAUGUACAGUGGCUUCAGUUACAGCUGAAACAGGCAAACAAUACCUUACAGACUCAAAAUAGGAAACAAAAAGAAACUGCCGAUGCUCUGCUUCAUGCCAAAGAGGAGAUUGUUUUACUCCAAGACAGUAUUACACACAAAGAUAAACUGCUGAAUGAACUAGUAGAGAAAAUGACCAUUAUCUCUAAAGAGUAUGGAUCAUUGAAGCAAAACUAUGCUCAGUUAUCUGAUAGCAGGAAGGAAAGCUUGAAUGAAGAAAUUGAAAAAGAAAGAAACCUUAGGUGUGAAGUUGAAACUGCAUUGAAAAAUGAGGUUCAGAUGACUAAGUCAGAGAAUGAGCAUAAAAUCCAAGAAUUAUUAGAAAGAGAGGAAGAAAGAUUAGGUAAGGUCACUGAAGAGUAUGACAUAAAAAUCAAGGAUCUGGAAUCCCAACUAGAAGAGUUUCAGACUAGAAAUGAAGAAAACAAGUUGAAUUCAGAGAAAAUUAUGAAUGAAAAUGCUGGUUUGCAGUCUUAUUGUGAUACAUUGACAAAAGGUUUAGAAUUUAUGAAGGAAGAGCAUGAAAAAGCUAUGACUGAAUUGAAUGAAUUGUCAGUUGGAUUUAAGGUUUUGAAAUCUGAGUACGACAUUCUUGUUGAAGAAAAAGGACAGUGUGAACUACAAGCUGAAUCGUUGAAAGCUGAACUUGACACUAUCAAAGCAGAAAGAGAACAAGUGCUUGACCAGAUUAGUUGCUUAAAAAAUGUGAAUGAAAGUCUUGAAAAAGAUAUAAAAGAUACAUGUGAAAAAUUUGAAAGAAUUAAGCAUGAGCAUCACAAAUUAUUGACAGAUAAUACUGUCUUGGCAGAUGAAAUAGUAAAACUAAAAGAAGACAAUGCAAUGUACCAAAGUCAGAUUGCUGAGUAUGAAGGUAAAUUAAGUGAAAGUGAAGAAAUAUUUGAUGAAAACCACUCACUUCAUGGGCAGAAUGAUGAACUAAAUAACAAAAUAAACAACCAGAAGGAUGUGAUAGCCUCGAUAAAAAAUGAACUUGAAGUACUGACCAUGGAAAAUUCACAGUAUGUUAGUCAAAUGAAAGAUUUGUCAACUGGCUUGCAGCAGACGAAGAAGGAAAAUGGUGAUUUAAAAGCAGAAAAUGAACAAUUACAAAGUGAGGUUACAAACUUGAAGGAUAUGUUAUCAUUAUUAGAGGAGGAAAGUUUGCAAUAUAAGGACAAUCAGUUAGUAUUGAAUGAGGAAAUCCAAAAUUUAAAGCAGUGCCUAGCAAAGUCUAGCACUGAGUCUUCAGCUAAAGUGCCUUUAUUACUUGCUAGUAAACAGAACAAGAUACAGUCCUUUGAAACUGACAAAAGUGAGAUAAAGUCAGAUUAUGAAGAACAUAUUAUGGUAAAUGAAGAACUGAUAGUAGCUCAGGAAGUCUUAUCUCAAAGUGAGGCAAUACCACAGGUGUUCAUUAGACAUAGAGUAGAUGAAGGCGAUAAAACCUUCAAACAUGAUGAUGCUGAUGAAAAUUCAGACUCUAACAGAAAAUUAGUCUCGGAAGAGAGUUCAGUAUCAGAUUUUGCUAAAAUUUCCGAAAGUGAUAACAAGGUCACAGAACUUGAAGAAGAGAUAAAACGACUGAACACUGUGAUAAUUGAAAUCCAGGCUUCGACAGUUUCAAAAGAAGAUGUAACUAGUUCUAAGAAACUACUGCAAAAUGAUCUUUCAAAUGAGACUGGAAAUAAGUUAGAUACAAUGUCUGCUGUUAGUAAUAGUAAUGAUACCGCAUAUGAAUCCUUGCAUUAUGAACACACACAUUUAAACCAAGUAGAAACAGAAUAUGCAGAUUCUGAAGUGGAUGUUUUAGCAGAAAGACUACUAAAUAUGCAACAGGAAUUUAAAUUGGUGACUCAGGCAUUACAUCAUAAAACCAAAGAAUGUGAAGACCUUCAUCAUGAAUUACAAAGAGUGACACAAAAGCAAUUGCCAGCUAUACCAACACCAACUGAUGUUUGUGGAGACAUUUUAAUUGAUAAUGGUGAAAAACAGAAAGUCAGUGAACUGCCCAAGGUAAGUGAGACAAGUUCAGUUACCAGUUUGGAAAAGGAGGUUAACAUGCAUGCUUCUUCCUCUUUAUGUUCUGUUCAGAAUGAUGGUGUCGUUACUUUGGGUACCCUAGAUAGUUUACCUGGGAUUAUGUGUAAAGGUGAUAGUGAUAUCUAUGUUGAUCAAGAUACAUUUCAGAAUGUGACUGAAGAUGCAGUUGAUGAAACAAGACAUUUGGAUGUUCCACAGAAAGAGCUAAAUAAAAUGGACAGUAAAGAAUAUGAACCUGAAUAUGGUGUUCCUGAAAGUUUGUCAAAAGAAUUGACUGAAAUUAAAGAACAAAUACAAAUUCAAGAAAUGGAGACCAUUAAAUGGAAGGAUGCAUAUGACCAGAUGCUUAACAAAAGUACAGAUUUGAUUAAGUCUGUUGAAUUAGUCAAAAGUAGAGAAGAGUCGUUAAAACAUGAAAUUGAAUCAAAGGAAGAAAUUGUGGCAAAGUUGAGAAAAGAUCAAGAAAAUUCAGAAACUGUAGUUGCAGAAUGUCAAGUGAAAAUGAAAAAGCUAGAUGAUAUAGCCAUUGAAAGGGAAGAGAGGAUGAAGGAGUUAACUUAUGAAAAUGAAAAAUUAACAUGGGAAAGGGAUGAAAUGAAUGAGUCAGUUUCAGAUCUUGAAAAACAGUUGCUAGAAAUGAAAACAAUGAAAUGUGAUAUUGAAUUUCAGAAAGUGCAGUAUGAGGAAGAACUGAGCAGAGUGAAAGAACGUCUUGAGUAUCUUGAAUCUUCUGAUAAUGACAUUAUUGAAAUUAAAGACAUGCUUGAAAAAUUACAGGAAGAAAGAGAAAAUAUUAUUAGAGAAAAUGAGAAAUUGCAAUGCUCUUUGUCUGCUCAAAUUGAAGAAAAUGAAAAAUUGCUGGAAACUAUGGAAUGUUUGCAUAAAGAAAAUGCUACCUUUCUUGAAAAAAUUGAAGUUUCAAGUGUUGAAAUUAGAGAUCUUAGCAAAGAACUGGCAGAAAGCAAAUUAGUGAUUGGAAAUUAUGAAGAUACAUUAAAAGAAGUAACUAGUGAAAAAGAAUCACAGGAAUCAAGGUUUGAAAGUGAAAUUGAAGGAUUACUUGAAGAAAACUCAACUUUGAAAACCAAUGUCCAGAUGAAAAAUGUUGAAUGCGAGACGUUGAAAGCUGACAAUGAACGAUUACAAAGUUUCUUUCCAAAUAUUGAUCAAGAAAGUGAAAACAAUAGUUUGUUGAAAAUGAAAAAUCUUGAAUUGGAGGAAAGAGAGAAAGAAUUGGGGAAGGAAAAUGAACAUCUGAUAGCUGAAUUAAUGGAAACUCAAAGUAAAGUGGCAGAAAUUGCUGAAGAAAAUGAAUUAUUACUUGAUAAAUGUGAAGAAUUCCAAAGAAUAAUUGGUGAACUUGAUGAUGAAAAAACUUCAUUAUUAGAAUCAGUGGAAAGGACAAGACUGGAUAUUAAUGAUAAAUUGAAAGAAAAUGAUUCCGUAAUAGAAAAAUAUGAAAAUCAGCUUGAAUGUUUAGACCAAGAAAAUUCAACAUUAAAAACACAAAUUUUAAGCUUACAUCAAGAAAUAGAAGACAACCUUCAAAUAGAAAAUGAAAAUGCAAUAUCAGAGGCAAAAAGUUUAAAAAGAGAAAAAGAAAUUUUACAACAAGAAAAUCAAGAAUAUAAAGAAAAGAUGAAUGGUUUAGAGCAAGAUUUGUUGGGUUUAGUAGAACAAGUAAAAUUGUAUGAAGGAACAGUGACAGAAAAAGAAGAUGUUUCAUUAAGAUUAGAAGGGCAUAUUCAAGAACUUCUUCAAGAAAAUGCUCAACUGAAAGAAAAGUAUGUUAGUAUUGAAACUGAUUUCCAUGACCUUAAAAACACUGAAAUAUACUUAAAAGAACAAAUGAAAGUUUACGAAAGUGCCCUGAAUUCAGAAGGAGGAAGCAGUGGACAAGAAGUUGACAGAUUGAAUGCUCAGCUAGAGUUAGAAAGGAAGUACAAAGCAAAAUUUGAAAAAGAUUUAAAACAUGCACAAAACAGAAUGAACUACUUAGAAAAUGAAUAUAAAGAUAUGAAAGAUAAGAAUGAUUUGUUAGAAAAAGAAUUAAAGCUUGCAGUCGACAAGAAUAAUGAAGCAGAGAAGAUUGCAUGUAAAAUGAAUGGCAAGCUCAAUAAUGCACUUCUUGACAAGCAAGACUUAAUGAAUGAAAAAUGUGAACUUCAGAAAUCUUUUAAUGAAGUUUCUAAGAGAAAUGAAGUGUUAAAGGUUGAAGUCUGUACAUUACAAAAUCAUUUGCAAGCUGUAUCCGAUAAUAGAAAUCAUGUUAGAAACCAGAUUGAAAUACUUGCGGCUGAAGUUGAACAUUUACGUGAUACAAAUGCUUUGAUGCAAGCUCAUGAUAGGGAAAUUAGUACUAGGUAUACUGUGAUGAUCUCUGAGUGUAACACACUUUCAGAGAAAAUGUCAUUGAUUGCUGAAGAAAAUGAAAAGCUGCAAAGCACAGUUCAGAAAUUAGAGGUGGAGAUUGAAGACAAUAAAUGUGCAGACAGGUCAGUUGAAGACAGUAUACGUGAAAAUCUUAGUGGCAUUACAGAAGAGGUGAAUGAAUUACGCAAUGAAAAUGAAAGUUUAACACUUGAAAUUAAAAAACUGAAAGUAGAAUUAACUGAAAAAGAAGAAAUGUGUGAAGCCACAAAUGAACUUUUAAUUGAAAAUGAGACUCUUACAUCUGAAAAUGAAGACUUAAAGCAACAAAAUGAUGAAUUGAAAAGCAAUUUCCAGUGUUUACGGGAGAAGUUAGUGAAGUUGGAUGAAUUAAUUGAAAGAAACAAAGCUGCAGAACUUGAUAAUGAUGCUCUGGUUGAAAGGCUUGAUGUGCUACAUAAAAAAAUAAGUGAAAUCCAGAAAGAGAAACAAUCACUUCAGGUCAUGACUGAUGACCUAACAACCAUGUUACACGAUAUGCAGACAAAAUAUGAAGAAGUUAAGUCUGAAAUGGAGAGUACAAAGAAGAAAUGUGACAAAGAAAUUAAUCACUUACAAAAUCAGCUUCAUGAAAUGAAUGAGGAUGUUAGCGAAUUGAGAAAAAUGUUAGAUUAUAUGGAGAAUGAGAUGUAUAAUAACGCUGAGGAGAAAAAUAUUUUAAAAGAGAAUUUGGAACAGCAACAGAGUCAGUUUGCUGAAGUUUGUGAACAAAAACAAAAACUUGAAGAAAUUCUUAGUGAUAAGCAACAAAAAGAUUUGAAAAAUAUGCAGAUGGCUUCACAGAGACAUAAGAAUAAUGAAUUGAAUACAUCAAGAAAUGAACAAGACCUUCCAUGCAGUGAACAAAGCACAUUGCAAGAUGAUGGGAAUCAGCCUGGAGCAAGAGAAAUAAGUGACCAUCCUUUGACAGAAGUACUAAGAGAUAGCAUGGACAGUGACCUCUCUGAUAUACUUCCUUCGUUUGAAAGUGCAUUGCAUUUAUUUGGUUUAGCUUCAUCUGGUGAAACUGUUCAUUCAAGUAGAAUGGUUCAGACUAACAUAUCAGUUAGAGAAGGUGAAAAUAUUGGCUUUCUUUUAAAUGAUACUGAAAAUGACAAAGAAUUUGUAAAAAAAGACAUUGAAACACAAACGGAAACUCCAGCAAAUAAAACUGUGAAACAGCUUUCUUUAGAAGUCUUUCCAAAUAUUGAUAUUGAUGGAAUUGAUUUAGAAUUGCCAUUAAACCAAAGUCCUGAAAAUGAAAUUUCACAUGCGAAUAUGUGUACAUCUGAUCUUACUGUUGGUGAUAAUGUACAUCUUGUCAGUUACAAUUGCAGUGACAGAAAUGAAAAUAUCCCAGUCCUACUUCUUACUCCAGAAGCACACAGGGCUGAGAUGGUGACUUACACAGAGGAAACUGUAGAUAUGUAUAAAGGUGAUGAAAUGGAUGUUAGUCCAAAGGAAAUGUGCCAUUCUUCAAAUCAGACAGAAAGUCAGUUAAGUAAGAAAUGUGACAUUGCUAGUCAGGUAGAAUUUCAAAGGAAGUCAGUGUCUUGCCAGAUUGACAUACCAUUUAAACAAAGUUCUGAAAACACAAGGUUGUUAAGUUUUGUAAUAGACAAUGAUGAAAAUACGCUGGACACAUUUCCUGCAGAUAUUUCUGUUUUAUCAGCAGAUAGUGGAAUACUUUCAGCUUGUGCUGGGGCUGAUGGGAAAAAUCAACCAUUUCAAUAUCCAGGGAAUAAUUUUAUGAAAAAUUCUGCUGAUGUGACUGUUCAGAAUCUUGAUCAGAAUAAAACUAAUGACUUUGGACAAAUAGACAAGGUAGAUGGUAAUGAUCAUGAUCAUAUUGCAAAGGAAAUUCAAUUUUCAGAAAUUUGUAUUCAGACUGACAUUAGUUUUGAAGGUGAAGUUGAAAUUGCACUUGCUAAUUUGAAAGAAAAUGUAGAGGCUGAAUUCAAAGAAAAAUCAAAAGAAUUGGAGACAGAUAUUGAGACUAGAGUACUGAAAAAUAUGGAGUUUAGAGAAAAGAAGAUCCAGUUGCUUGAAGAAAGUUAUGACAAAAAAGUAAAGCAGAUGGAAUAUGACAUUGAAGAGAAAUAUGAACAUAAGUUUCGAAUGAGGGAAGUUGAAAUUGUCAUGGAAGCUGACAGAGACAAAAAAGCACAGGCAGCAGAAGUUAAAAAUGCUGCAGAAAUAGAGAUUGAAAAGAUCAAAAGAGAAAAAGACCAACAGUUUGUUGAAACACUCCAGAAAGUGAAAGCGGAUCUUGCCAAACAGCAGGGUAGAGAAGCUGGUGUCAUAAGGGCAGUUUCCCAUGACAGUCCUCGCAGAAAAAGUGAUCUAGAGAUGGGACCAAGUGGAGAUGUUAAAAAACAGCAUGAAGGAACUUUCCAUAAACUGGCUCAAGAACAUGAGGAACUUGCUUUAGAGAGGGAUGCUUUGCUGGAGAAGAUAAAAGUAACUCAAUCUGAACAGGAGAUACUCUGUCAGCAACUGGUAGGCAUUAUGGGAGAGCAUAGCACUAUGGGUAAUGACAAGCAACAAAAAUACCAACAGACUCCAUCUUGGUUAGACUGGGAUCUACAUCCUGAUUUUUCUUUUGGCAGCAUGAGGUCCAGUCUAGAUACCAAAAGUUUGAGUGGCAGUUUAGAUACCUCUUCCUUUUGCUCAAACUCAGACUGCUUAAAUGUGAGAAUGAAGUAUGAACAUUUAAUUGAUAAAAUUCAACAGUUCUUGAAAGUAAGGUCAUCACACGUGCAAAUAGAUGGAACAGAACCAGUAAAAACAAGAGCUGUUGAUGAUGGAGAUGUUGAAGACAGUGAUACUCAAGCUGAAGGUGGUGAUAGAUUUGAAGAAAAUGAUGAACCUGAAAGUCAAAUGCUUCAUAGAAUUACUUCAAUAGAUCUUGAAACUUUUGUAAGGAUUCCAAAAACUGCUGAGAAAAAGUCUGUUGACCAGUUUGUAUAUGAAGCUGAUGACCCAAGUAGUACAGUAGAAUUGAAUAGAGAUAUAAUAGACAGACUAGUUAAAGACUCCAAUGAUUCUAAAAUGGAACAAUUUAAUAUCGAAGGGCGUUUUUCAGAAAAUGAAGAAUCUGAUGAUGAGAAUGAAGGUGACAUGUUGGAUAAUACAGAAAUAUUGCACAAGGUUAACCAGGGUAGAAGUAGUGUUUCUUUUGUUGAAGAUGAUGGGCACUUCUAUCAAGAAGACUCUUUUCAGUUAAUGAGAAAAAAGAGACACUUUUCAGAUUCUGAUAUCAAAGGGGAUGAAAAUAAUAGUAAAAUUCAAACAUCUCAGAGUGAAAAUAAUGAAGGACAUUUUGUUUUUGAAAGACUUGACUCCCAGGUAGAAAAGCAUAAAACAGGAAAGGAUGAUGUAUAUGCUGCUGAAUCAGUUGAUGAUGAUGAUGAUGAUGAUGUUGAUGAUGAUGGAGUAUUCAAAGAACUAGAAGAAAAUAAUAUUACUAAACUGAUAUCAGCUCCUGUUGUAAGUACAGGAAUUCAGUCUGCUAAGGAACUUAAAAUGAAAGUUGAUCAAUUCAUAAAUGAAAAUAAUGAUGACAAGCCACCAGGUUCACAGGAAGUUGUAAUAAGUGCAAGAAGUGAACCACGAACAGGAGAAGAAACUGGUGACUUUUUUGAGGAAAAAAUAGUGAAGUCAGUGGUGCUAAGUCAGAGUGCAGUGAGAAAUAAAGACGCAACAGCAAAAUCUGAAACUUCUAGACAAGAUUUGAAAAAUAUUGAACAAAACCUUGAAAAUGACUUAUCUUCUGUAAAACAAGAGUACAGACAUGGCCAGCAGAGUUAUGAAAAUACUGUGUUUGACAUAUUGAAUUCAAUUUGUCCCGGUACAGAUCCUGGAAGAAGGCCUGGUACUAGUGCUGUUACUGAAGAUACAUUUCAUCCCGUGAAGAGAGAACAAGAAAAUACUGUAGAUGAAUUUAGUGAAUCUUCAAGCAGUGUGGAAACAGAUAUGCAAAGUUUAAAGGCAGAAUUAAGCAAUAUGAAGCUAGAGUUGAUAUCAUUAACAAAGGAGAACAGUCAGCUAAAAGAUGCCAUAAAGGUGAAAGAGUUGGGUAACAAAAAAGAUGUUGAGGUUUUGGUAGAACAAAUAUCAGAAUUAGAAGAGAUAAAUAGGCAACAAGUUUCAGAUAUGUUACAGGCUGGUAGAGAAUUUGAAAGUCAAAAACUUGAUGCAGAACAGUUCAAAAAUUUAGAACAGGCUAAUAAGGAUUUAUCUGUUGAAUUGGAUAAAUGCAGAGAACUAGUAACAUGCCUCGAGUUGGAUUUAAAGCAAAACUCUAAUGAUAGUCAGGAACUGGAGACACUGAAAAAUGAAUUAGGAGAAGAAAGAAGUGAAAAAAUGAUUUUGAAAACACAGUACAUUCAAAUGGAGAAGAUGAAGAAUGAAUCUGAACAGAAAUAUUUUGAAGUUUCAUCCCAUAAUGACAAACUUAUAUCAGACUUUCGGAUGCUUGAUAGCUCAGUAAAAACACUUGAAACAGACAUGUUACUUUUAGAAGAAGAAAAAUCAAAACUUGUAAAUGAAAAUGAUUCUCUGAAAUUCAUGAAUGAAAAUAAUUCGAAAUUACUUCAAAAACAUGAAGAGCUAAAGAUGAAUGUUACUCAGCUACAGAAUGAAAAAGAAUAUUUGGAUGCAGAACUGAAAAAGAAAACUACCGUGUUUCAAGUGGAAAAAGAUGAACUUGAAAAGACCUUGAUAGCUCAAUCUGACAUGAAUGAUAGAUUGGAGAAGAGUGUGAAGGUGAUGGACAUAGAUAAUAAGAAGUUGAAGGAACAUCUUGAGACAGUAAUAAAAGAAAAUGAAACACUUAAAGAAAAGAUGGAAAUAGAAGUAAAUGAAAACAUGAGCUUAAAGAAAGAACUUGAAAAAGAAAUAUCUAUGAAAAUGGAGAUAAAAGUAAAAGAAGAGGAAUUGAAUUCAGAAUUGUUUGCUUUAAAACAUGAGUUAGAUAUUAAGUAUACAGGUUUGAUCUCUGAAAAUGAAAAGCUGAAAGUAACUGCAGAUGAAGCUUCUGCAAAUAUUAAUGUUUUGAAGGAGGAGAAAGAGGAAUUGAACAAUACCAUUCAAAACAUAAAGAUUAAGGAAAACGAAAAGGAAAUGCUACUACAAGAUAAAGACAUAAUUAUUGCAGAAUUAAAUCAGUCAAAACAAAGUCUCAUUGAACAAGUUGAGAAGUUAAAAGUAAAUACAGAGGCUUUACAGGCAAAUUGUAAUGAAAUGACAGAAAAAGUAAUUGAGCUAGAAAAAGAAAAUGAUGUUCUGCAUAGUUGCGAGGUGGAGUCAAGUGCUCUGAAGAAAAUAAAUGAAGAUUUGAGAAAUGAAUUGAUUAAAAUAACUGAAAGAAGUGAAGAAAAUGAAUGGGCUAUUCGUGAAUUGACUGAACAGGUUGAGAAUCAGAAGAAGCCUGAAAUGACUGAAAGGUCAACAGAAGUGGAUAAUAUGGAAGAAAUUGCCGAAAACAAAAGCAAAACAUUGUCAACAGAGAAAGGUGCCUUCUCAUUUUCACAACAGAAUGGUAGCAAUAUUUGUCUUGUUGAAAGUUUUACAAACACAGAUUCAUGUUCAGGUAAUGAAAUAGAAGAAGUAACUGCAUUGAAAGAAGAAGUAGGAGCUCUUACAAGUGAAAACAGUACAUUAAAACAAAAAAUGAAAGAAAUGUCCAUUAGUGAUAACUUUAAAGAGGAAUUAGAGUCUUUGAAGUUAGAAAAUGAAACACUAAAGCGUAGUCUUGAAUUUGCUAUGGUCAAAGAUGAUAGUGAUACUGACUUACAAAUAUUUGAGGAUAUGAAGGAUGCUAUAAAAACAAUGCAGGCUGAAAAGUCUUCAGUUGAGCAACAUGAAAAAGAGAUGUCAGAUAACAUGGAACAAGAAAAUAAAAGAUUAAGAGAUGAAGUUGAGGAAUUGUAUGUAGAAAAUGAUGAGUUGAAGAAAAAACUAAAAAGUCAGGAAGAGUCUGCAAGAAAAGAGAAUGGAGAGAUUUUGAAAAUGUACAGUGAUUUGAGGAAUGAAGUGGAAAUUUUGGUUAUAUCAAAGCAUGAUUUAGAAAUAGAAUUGCAUGCACUUAAAGAUUUACUAGAGCAUGAUUCUUAUUCAACUCGUGAAAAAACAGAACAUGAUACUAGUAGGGAGCUCACUCUUGAAGAUCUGGAAGAAAUGGAAGAACUUAAAACUAGUAUAGAAAAGUUGAAGUCUGAUUUGAAAGAAAAGGACAUAUAUGUGAAGAAAUUGGAGGAACAUUUCCUGAAUUUGGAUGGUAAUAUGCCAGAUUUAACUUCAACCCCAAAGCCAUCAUCGAGUAGAGGAAUGCCUUUAAUUUCAAAGUCUUUCAUGAAAAGGGGACAUUAUUGGUCAUCUGGCUCAAGUAGACGAGCUUACAGUCAUGAUAUUCCUACUGUUAAUGUUGAAAAGGAAUUUAAUGAAAACAGUAUCAAACCUGAUCUCGAAAGAUCUCAAACUUUAGACACAUCCUUACAUGUUGGUGAUCUUGAUAGAAGUAAAAAUUCAGAAAGGAAUUUUAAUGAGGGACUUAGAACUAAGGAGAAAUUAACAAGCUCUACGCUUACAGAUUCACUAGACAGGUCAUCGUACUUAGGAAGUGUUGGUGGGUCAGAAAGAAUCAGAUCUGGAUUGAAAGCUGAAGAAGAUGGGCAUUUAGCUUUAGAACUGAAGCAGUUUGAACUCGUGGCUGAAAUAACUAAACUGAGGAGGGACUUUCGAGAAACGAAAUCAUUGUAUUCUAAAGAAACAGCAUUACUGACUGAAGCCUUAGAAAAGGAAAAACUGGCAAAUGAGCUCAGGGGCAUGUCAGAAUUAACUUUAGAACACAGUGUUGGAUCAAAUUUGUCACAUGAUGUUUUAAAAUUGAGGAAAGAAGUAGCAAGAUUAAGGGAACAAAAUAAACUGUUACAUUUGGACUGUGAUAGGUGGAUAGAAAGGUUGAAAGAACAGGAGCAAAUUGUUGCAGACUUGAAAGAAAGGAUUAAUCAGAACACCAGUGGUUAUGGUGAAAUUGAAGAAGUAUUUGGUAGGCAGUUGGCUUUGUUACAAAAACAAAGAGAAGAACUAAUUGACAAAUUAAAGGACAGGGAAAAAGAGAAUAUUUCACUUUCUGAAACUUUAGGUGAAAAAGGUAUACUGGAAGAGACUCUGAGGAAAGAGAAAGAUGUUCUUGUAGCAAAGCUUAAAGAAAAAGAAAAAAUUGAGGAAGAGUUGUGUGAAAAGAAAAUGUUACUAGAGAAACAAACAGCAAAACAAAAAGAAUUGGAGGAUGUUGUUUACCAAAAAGAUUUAAAUGAAAUAGAACUAAUGAAACAGAAGAGGAUUCUUGAGGAAGAUUUAAGAGAAAUCGAGUCCAGAUUCAGAGACAAGGAAGAAAAUUUAGAUUUUGAGAAGAAUAAACUUCUUAAUGAAUUGAGAGAGAAAAGAACUAAAUCGAUUAGGUCAAGAUUUUCAGAGAGUGAUGAUGAAGUGUCAUCUGUUUGUUCAGAAAGUGCAGCAUUCUCAGAUAGAAAUAUAGGACGUCUUGAAGUUAUGUUAGAGGAGGUGGAAAAACAACAUUCAGUUGCGGUAAAUGUGUUACGGGACCAGCUACGUGUGAAAUAUAACAGAAGAGAGAAGGAACUGAGGAAAGAACAUUUAGUUGGUUUAGAACGUCUGAAACAAGACUCCCGAAAACAGCUUGAAAGUCUACGUGGUCAGUAUGAGAACCAGCUGGACUGUCUGCGUACAGAGAUCGACAGGUCACGAGAACGCCGUAACAGUAAGGAAGAUGACGGUUCCAGUGGAGCGGGACAGGCUAGGGAUCUCAGGCAGGAGUACCAACAGGUGAAGGAGGAGCUAGGUCAGAGUCUGCCAGGUGAGCAGAAGGAUAAGCUAGACUCACUUGUAUCUGGUAUGGAUGAACAGUACCAGGCACAACUGGAAGACAUGCAUAGACAACAUGUGGAUGAUGUUGAUGAACAAGUGAAGUCAAUGCGCUCCACUCUAGAGGAGAUUUACAGCAGUCAAUUGGAGAUUGUACGAUCAGAGAUGGAACAAUCUCAUCAAACAGCCAUUCUGGAUCUCCGUGAAACACUUGACAAAGAUCACAAAGAAGAAUUGAACAGACUUGAACAGGAGUGGAACGAUAAACUUGAGCAGCUUAAAUUAGAUUACGAAACAGACCUGAAGGAGUCAAAAGUUGGUGAUGCAAUAAUAAUUCAGACAAUUGAGGCUGUUCUACCAGCAGGCAAAGAAGACAGUGCUGCCUUCAUUUCAAAAUUAAACAAGAAAUUAACGGAAGAGCAUCGUCAGAUAAUACAGAAAAUAGAAGCUGAUCUGGAUAACCCCAUCUCUCAGCGCCAUUCUCAGGAUUCCCAGACGGAAAGUGAGGAAAACAUCAGCGUGGCCUCUGUUCCUGUAACCAAAGCUGAAUAUAAACAUGUAGAAGAGAAGCAAGGUGUUCUUGUGAAGGCUGACGAUGUACAGAAAUCUCUGGACCGACAGGUUGAAGAAAUAUCCGCUCUUCGAGCACAGAUGCUGGGAGAGUAUGAACAAAUGCUGUCUGUACGAGCUGAGGUGAUGGCCUCGCAGUCCGAGGAGGUGGGCAAACUUCAGCAGGAAAUGGCACAGAUACAGAGCAAGUAUGAGGAGCAGAUGGCCGAGUUCCAGGCUAAAGUUCAGUCUCAAACAGAAACUGCCCUGAAGUCUGCCCAUGAGAAAGAGCUUGAAGAAAUGAAACAGUAUUAUGAGGCCAAGGUUAAUGAUAUGGAACAGUCAUACACUACAGACAUAGCUCAGCUCAAACAAGAACAUGCUGAACUUCUUGCAAGACUACAGCAGGAAUCUGGAACUGGGUCUGAUAUUCCUUCACCACAACAGUUGAGUGCCGGACAACAUCGUGAGUAUGUCAGACGUACAACAAUGUUAACAGCAAUCUCUGAUGAAGAUGAGACACCAGAAUCAACACCACCAGGAGGGAAUCAGAUGCUUGAAGGAAGGAUUAAAAGCCUUGAAGAGAAAUUAAAAGAUAAAGAAAAACUUGUAAAUGAGUUGAAGAAGAGACUUGAAGCUGAAGCGACUAGUGCUGAAGAUCUACAUGGUAAAUUAUUGGACAGUAAUAAAACAUUAGAUGAUUUUGAAGAAAGCUUGAAAUCAAAAUCAGAUGAAAUUGAAGAAUUAAAGAAAUUAUUGACAAAUAAAGAUGAGCAAAUAAGUGAAUUGGAAAAUGAAAAGGCAGCAUUGGAAGAAAAGGGUGAAAAAGAUAAGAGUGCACAUGAUGUUGAUGAUAGUAAGAUAAUUAAUGAAUUAAGAGAAAGGAUAAAGAAACUAGAAGAAGAUCUUAGUGCUAGUAAAGAUGCAAAUGUAAGAAUUCAGCAAGAGUUGAAUGAACUUGAUGCACAACAUGGUGAAGCUAUUAUGAGAUUAAAAGAGCAAAUGGAAAUCUUGAAUAAAACAAAAAUAGCAGAGCUUGAAGCUGGUUUUCAGAUACAAUUGGAGGAAGAGUUAAGUCAACAGGCUGAUGAAUUAGAUAACAAAUAUAGAGAGGAACUCAGCAGACAGACAACAGAAGAACUUGAAAUAUAUAAGAAAACAGAACUUGAUCUUAAACAAAAAUUACAAAGCACUCAGAAAGAACAUGAAAACCAAAUUAAAGAACUUAAAGAGAAAUAUGAAACUCAGUUGCAUAAUAAAGAAAUACAUGAACAGAAGAUUGAAGUUACCGAAGUUUCUGAGACUCAAGUUGCCUCACCCACAGAGACUGUAGAAAGGGAUGUGCUAGAAGCUGCAGUAAGAAAAGAUAUUGAGUCUAAAAUAUUGCAAGAAUAUGAACAAUCAAUAGAUACAUUGAAACAUGAAUAUGAAGAAAGAAUCAGUGAAUUGAAUGCAAGACUUCAGUCUUUUGAGUCCCAAGAUGUGGAAAAAGCGGAAGUUUCAGAUAAAGAAAAGGAUGUUAGUGAUUCUGAGGAAUCUGAAAUGAGAGAAAAGUUGAGAGCAGAAUUAGCUUUUGAGUUCAAAGAUAAGUUACAGACUGUAACAGAUGAGUAUGAAUCAAAAUUGAAAGAGUUACAAGACAUUGUUGACAGUAAGAAAGAAAUGAAAUCCCCCGGUGCUCCUUAUGCCUUAUCUCGUUCAAGGUCAUUAGAUUUGAUGCCACAGAAAGAGAAAGAAAAGCCAAAAAUGCCAAAUGAGUAUGAAGGAUAUGUUAGUACAAUCAGACGUGAAUAUGAGGAUAAAAUAAAUUCAUUACAAAUGCAAAUUGCUCAAUAUAGGUCAACAGUUGGAUCAGUGCCUUCUUCGCCUUUAUCUACUUUACAAAAAUCUCAGGCAGAAUUAGCAGCUGGUGACAGUGUAGAUAAAACUGAAAUACAAACUGAGCAUGAUUCUGGUCCUAAAAUUCUGAUAAAAUCAGAACUUGGAACUCCAGAAUUAAGACAGGAAAUUUAUGAUGAAAUAUCUACAGAGUUUGAAGCUUCUUUCAAAGGGUUAAGAGCAGAUUAUGAAAAACGACUUGAAGAAUUAACUGCGAAAUUGGAAUUAUUGCAAUCUGAUAGUGCUACUCAGGGCAGUUAUGAAAACAGAAUCAUGGAAGAAGUUGUGCAAGAAUAUGAAGCUAAGAUAGAAAAACUGAAACAAGAAUAUGGAAGUCAAAUAGCUGAACUUAAAAUAGGGCAUGAAACUGAAAUUAAAAAGUUAACUGAUGAUCUCGAAAAGGCAAAAUCUGACAAGCAGGCUGCAGAAAAGAAAGUGAAAGCAGACAUGUUUGUAUGGCAUGAGGAAAUUGUAACUCAGUUGAAACGAAAACAUGAAGAAUAUGAAUCACAGCUACGCAAGGAAUAUGAAGAAAAAAUGGACCUUUACAGAGAAGAACUUCAAGAGGGGUUUGAUGCAGAAAAAGAUAACAUCAUACGGGAUCAUAAACAAGAACUGAUUGAUUUGGAAGAUCGAUAUGAUAAUCUUGUUGAAGGUCUCCGAACAGGAGAGGUUCCAGAGGUAGCUGAGAUAGUUCAACAGAAGUUUGAUAUGGAACUAGAAAUGGCGAAAACUUUGAUACAGCAGGAGUGUGAUGAAACAAUUGAAGCUGAACAGACGAGAUUAAAUGAACAGUUUGAUACUCAGCUGAAGGAUGUGAUCAUUGAGAGAGAUCGGGAACUCGAAAACCAACGUGUACAUUACGAGAAAGAAUUGACUGAUCUUCGUAACACAUUAUUACAACAGUACGAGUCACAGGUUGUUGAACUAGAAAGUCAACACAAGGCAGAGAUUAUGAAAAUGAAGGCAGAAUAUAAAACACUUUUUGAAGAAACUGAAAUUGAAGAAAAGUUUGAAAAGGAAACAGUUAAAAGACAAAAAUCUGCAGUACUUUUACCACAAGCUUCUUUUGAAUCAACAAAGACAGAGGAAGGUGAAAAAGAAGAAGAAUCUGAAAAGGUGACGUCACCAGAUUCUACAAGUGAUAAGUCUGAUAAAGAUGAUGAUGAUGAUGAUAAGGGUGAUGGAAAGGGUGGGGCUAAAACAGAACCAAAACCCAGUCAGUCAGAGGAUACUAGUGACAAACACGAACAGGAGAGACAGCCUGAUGAAGACCAUACUGAACCAAGAGAUGACAUUAAUGAUACACAGGAUGAAGUCAGUGAAACGAUGGUUAAAGAGGUAAAGGUUGCGAGACAAGCAGUACAACAUUUACUGGCAGCUAAACCAGGAACAUCUGAUGGCCAGCCUGCUGAUCAUAGUACCAUAGUGAAUGAGCUUAGAGAAGAACUUGCAGCAAAGAUUGUCCAGUAUGAGUCAGUCAUUGCUCAGAUGAAGCUGUCUCAUGAAGAAGAAGUCCGACAGUUGACCGAGGAGUUAACAGAGGCUGAGGCUAACUAUCAACAGAAGGUCUCUGAACUGGAGGAAAGUCAUGAACAAGAGGUUAAACAAUACCAGGAGAGCAUACAGAAACUACGAGAAGGUAUGGCUGAUGAGGAUGAUUCAGAAGCUUUGGAGUUGGCUCACCAACAAGAGUUACAGGACUUGGAAGAGAGACUGCUUCAGAAACACAUGAACGAGCUGAAUAACCUGGAAACACAACACCAGUCUAGGCUUUACGACAUGGCUGAAAAAUACCGGGUUCAGGUAGAAGAACUACAGAAGGAUCUAACAGAAGCACGGAGAGCCAUGGAACAGUAUCCAGAUUCUGUAUCUCCAGUACAGGCAGUGCCUGUGUUCCAUGGUGGAAGUACUAUGGGAUCAACCAGGGAAUCCACUGAAGACUUCAUGGUCCCAACUGGUCACAGCCAAACAGAAUCUGAGAGGUCUGAGUCUCAAGGUGGGGUAGGAACCAUGGAAACACAGGUGUUUGAGGCGAGGAACGGGGAAGAUCGAUCAGAGGAAGAUGUUUCACAAGGAGGCUCCUUACAGGGAACUCUAGAGGAAGUUGGGGUCCAGUCUCUAGAUACCUCCAUGGUGGAUACAUCAAUGGACCAGUCUAGGGGCACCUUGCGGGGGGUAGACACCACCCAGGAUACUGAGCUUAUACAGUUUUCUGAGGAAGACGAAUCUGAUAAAUCUAUGGAAGAAGGUACAGAGACCCAGAAGAGUGAUAGAAGUACACCAGUAGCUCUGAUGCAGACACUAGGGUACGGAGCAGAAAUUCCUGGCGGUCCAACAGUGAAAUCUCUGGAUGAUACUACAGACUCCUCUAUCAGGGCCUCCGACAGGGAGGAGACGGCAGCUAGAGUUAAAGAGUUGGAGGGAGAAGUUGAGGAACUCCGUCGCCGACUUCAGGUCGAGUUGAGUAAACAAGAUGAUCAGAUGGAACGUAUGGACAGAGAGAAACAGGAAGAGAGUAACCUGGCGGCUAUGUUACGUGGAGAUAUUGAACGACUCAACUCAGACAGAGAGGCUCUACAGAACACAAAUGAGCAGCUGCUAGGCCUGUUGUCAGAUGCUGUGAAAACCUACAUGGGCGUGGAGGAAUCAAUUACCAAAAAGAUGAAGGUUAUGAUGGACAAGUCUGGUGAUAAGUCGGUAGAAAAAGGUCGUCCAGGGUCAGCUGAGAGAAAAAAGACUCCUCCGCCUGGCCGACGAUCACCUGCCACAUCUCCUGGGAGAGUCAGUCCUGCUCGAGCAGAAGAUGGUGACAACGCACAGGACACUAGUAUAGUGUCAAAUGUGACAGAUGAAGGACUAGAUCUCUCACAACAUAUCUCAGACAGUAUAUUCCAAGGUCCAGAACUCAAGUCUGAGGAGGAAGAACUUCUUGCAGAUUCUGGGAGUCGUCUACGUUCCUCUGUGACCCACUUGCUAGAUGUGAUGGAAGAAACUACGAACCAGCUCCUUGAAACACGACAGUCUCAGGCAGAAAUAAUGGAGACAUUAGAGGGCAAAGGUCAUGACCUUGAACAGUUAAACUCAAGAUGUGAUGACCUUGCAGAACGUCUCAAGGAAGAAGUGGAGCGCAAAGACUUCCUUGCUCUGGAAUUGCACAAGGCAGAAGGUCUAAUUGAGGGCUACAGUUCUGAGCGCGAGUCCCAGGAUGAGCGGAUCCAUGAAUUGGAAGAGGACAAGGAGACUUUGGUGCUUGAACUCGAGACCACAAAGAACAAGCUGUUAGACCUUGAGUCGAUGCAGACAGAAAAUACGCAGCUAAAGAAGGAAAUGGAUGAACAGCGAGAAUUAAUGACGCAUAACGUUGGAGAGGAAGCUCAAGGUGUAGGUUUGAAUGGUGGCAUUUACACAGGGGAAUACGCUACCAGGGCCGGAGAACCAGUGAGAAUGCCACCUAGUGGCAGCAAAGCCCUCAUGCUAGAGGUUACUCGAUUGAACUCUGAGAACCGUGAGAAAGAAGAACAAAUCAAGCAGGUCCAUGAACGUUACGAGUCACGGGUGCGGGAGCUGGAGACGAGCGGUGAGGACAUGGAAACACACUUUGGAAAGAUUGUAGACGAGAAGAAACAGGAAGUUGCUGAUCUCAAACUUCAUGUCGAGGCUCUCGAGAAACAGCUGAAAGCAAAGAAGCAGUUCCUAGAGGAGCAAGCAGCAGAGAGAGAACAAGAGCAUGAAGAGUACCAGAAAGAAUUGGAGAACUGGAAGAAGAUUGUACAGGACUUGGAGAAACAGAACGGAGCUGGGUCUAGGCUUCAAAGAGAGAUUGAUGACUUGACAGAGCAGCUACAGACUCGUAUAGACCUAAACAAUCAGGCAUUACUGGAGUCAGAGAAAUACCAACGUGAGGUUCGGGACAAGGAUCUCAGUCUGACGGAGUUGAAGACAAUCAUACAGCAACUUGAGCAAGAACUUCAGGAUAAAACUCAGGAACUAGAACUGAAUAAACAGAAAUUAAAGAAGCUGGAAGAUGAGCUGGCAAGACGGUCUUACGAUGAUGAUCUCUCUGACAGUAAGUCAGAUAUUCAGUCCCCAAAACCUGGCAGCUCCAUUGAGUUUGAGGGUACAGAUGAUCAGAAGAGGGAGAGGCCUGAGCCUCAGAUGACAGUAGAAGAGGAAAUGAGACAAGCUGCUAACAAGACUAAAGAGGAGCUUGUUAGAGAGAAGUUCACCUUACAGUCACAAGUGAACGAUAACCUUGUUCAGAUUUCAAGUCUACGUAACCAGCUUGAUGAUAUGCGUCUGCAGAGGGGUAUCGGUGACAUUCCAGACGUUACCAGGAGGCUUGAAGUGGAGAGGGAGAAGUCGGAAGAAAAAGACAAGGAGAUUUCAGAUUUAAAACUGCAAGUCGAGGAACUGGAUGAGAGGGUUGAAAACCGAGAUCAGCAGAUCGAGCAGUUAAGAGAACAACGAGACCGAGGGAAAGCCUCGAGGGGCUCUCCUGUAGAGGGCAUUGAGUUUGAGAGUGAUAGAGAAAUGGAGAAACAGAUUGAAGCUUUGAAGAGGGAGAACAAACAACUCAGGGAGCGUGUUAAGUUGUCCGAGGCAUCAAGUGUUACUGACAUGUCAGGACUGUCACAGAACUUGCUGGAAGAGAAAAACCAGGAGAUAGAUCAUCUCUCAGAGCAAAUUCUACGCCUCCAGUCAGACUAUAAUGAUCUCAAGGCUGAGAGAGGUGUACAGAACCUGUGUGAGGAAGUAGAAGAUCUACGUGAAGAACUGAAACAGAAAGAGAGGGAAAUCUCUGAUCUUCAGUCCGUCCGUGUGUCUGCAGCAUUUACUGACCAUUCACUAACACCAGAUUCUAGCCUCAUGAAUGUCGGAGCUUCAUUCUCGGAAAAGGCCAGUAUCCAACAAGAAAUGGAAGAAUCUGAAGCUACCAGGCUUGAAAAAAUGGCCAGUCUUGAGUCUGAGUUAGUUGCCCUUAAAGCAGCUCUUCACAACAAGGAGGAGCAUUUAGCUACCCUUCAGACAGAGUUGUCUACCUUACGGGAAGAUGUCCAGGGGAAGGAUGAAAUGAUCCUUGCUCUUCAGACUAAACCAGAACAGGAUUUGAUACCAGGUAUGCCGGAGGAUGUGGGUCUGUUACAGUCUAUGAUACAGGAGAAAGAAGAGCUGGUAACACAACUUACAGUCCAGGUAGACUCACUGCAGGCAGAGGUAGAUAACCUCUCUGACUUCCAGAACAAGCUGCAGGAAGAUUUUGAUACUGUUCAGACAAUGUUAGAGGAGAAAGAUAGAGAGAUAGAAUCAUUGACGAAAGAACUUACUGAUAGAUCACCCACACAGACUGAUGAUCACACCCUUGUGAUAAAACAUGAGGUAGAGAUAGCCAGACUGAAGAAAGAUUUGAGAGAGAAAGACAAUGUUGUUGAAGAGAAGUUAGAAGAACUGGCGGAAAUGACAGAUAAAGUAGAACUACUUGAAACAGAAGAGACUCCACAAUCCAGUGGCUUAGAACUUUCGCAUAUUUCCAAAUACAAGGUACAGAUCAAGGAUUAUGAUGAACAAAUUCUUGCCAAGGAACGAGAACUGAAGAAUGUCAAGAAACAACUUGAUGUUGCCAUCAAGGAUUCCACAGCAGCUUUAACAGCUGAUGAGAAAGAUAAAAUGAUUACAGAAAAAACUAUUGAAAUUGAACGAUUGAAUAAAGAGUUGGAAACUGCAGCUCUUGGUAGACCUCCUUCACCUCCCCUUUCACAGGAUGAGAAAUCUUUAUUGAUCAAGGAACAGAAAGAAGAAAUAGAAUCUUUGAAAGAACACAUAAAGAAAUUACUGGGAAGACCACCAUCACCACCAUUAUCUGAAGACGAAAAGUCUGAAAAAAUUGCAGAACUGAAGAAAGAGACUUUAAGACUGUCGACUCAGCUUGAAGCAGCUUCACUGGGGCGCCCACCAAGUCCUCCAGGUGAAGAAAGUAGUAAAGCUGAUGUUAUUUCAAGACUACGCACUGAGAUAGAAAACUUAAAGCAACAGAUUAUGGACGCUAAUCUUCCAGAAGAUGAGAAGUUUUUGCUUAUUCGAGAUCUCCGACUAGAAAAUGAGACAUUGAAGAAGCAGAUUGAUGCUGCUUUAAAAAUAAGACCGCCAUCACCUCCUAUGGAUGAUGAUGAGAAGAGUGAGUGUAUUUAUGAGCAGAAGAAAGAAAUUAAAAAUCUUAAAAGUCAAUUAGAGUCUGCUUUGAAAAUCAGACCUCCAUCACCUCCAAAAUCUGAAGAUGAAAAAUCUCAGGUGAUCCUAGAACAGGAAAAAGAAAUUGCUAAGCUUCAAAAACAGAUUAAUACAGCACUAUCUCCACCAGUGCUUAGUGAGGAUGAGAAAGAUAGAGUGAUUAAAUUGAAAGAUACUGAAGUGGUUAGACUGAAAGCUGAACUUACUAAAGUCACUGAAUUUAUUGAAAAUGGUGAAGAAAAACAGCUUGUCAAAGAAAAAAUGCAGGAAGCUGAGCAGUUAAAGACAGAACUUGAAAAAGUAAAGCAAAAACUUGAAAGUGGAAGUUUAAGCUCUGUUGAAUCAGUAAUUAUUGAAAAAGACAAAGAGAUUAAGAAAAAGUCAGGAGAAUUGGAAAGAGCUGAGGAAACCGUUAAGAAACUGGAAGAAGAGUUGGAAUCAGCUAAAGAAGUAAGGGCUUAUGAAGAUGAGAUUCAGCUUAAAGAAAAGGAAGAUGAAAUAGAAGAACUGCAGGCAGAAUUAGAAACUUAUAGAAGCAGAACUCAAAGUACUUUAGUUCAAAGUAUUGAUUUAGAAAUGUCCCUGAAUGGAGAUGGUGAGUCAGUUGAUUCUAAACAUCUUGUCAAAAGUUUAUCCUUCUAUAAGGAACAGUAUGAGGAGAAAUGUUCUGAAACCAGGCAAAUACAAGUCCAGCUAGACCUGGUAAAAGAACAGCUUGAAAAAGCAAGGAGUGAUAAACUAGAAGAUGCUCAAGAGGAAAUAGAACUUUUCAAGGCUGAAUUGGAAAAGAAAAAUCAGAAUGAGGUUAAGGCUCUCAAAAUUGAAAAAGAAAAUGUCACAAAGGAGAAAGAAGAGCUGAAAAAAGAAUUAUCUGUAGUGAAAGAAAGGCUUAGUCAGAAUGCAGAUGAAAGGUUGAAAUCAGUUGAAACUGAACUUCAGUUGACAAAAGAUGAGCUUGCCAGAGAAAGAUUGGAUAGUGUUCAGGCAAUAAACGAUCUUGAGAAAUUGAGAGAAAGGAAGGAAAAAGAAAGGCGUGGUAGCUUGAAAACAAUACAGGAACUUGAGCAGGAUUUAGAGGAAAAAAUAAGUAAAGAGAAAGAACUGAAUACUCAAAUAAGACAGUUGAAUGAAGAAUUGACUAUCAUUAAGAAACAAUAUGGAAUUGAAGAUAAGGGUUUUGCUGGUGAAUCAAAUAGAACCAGUCCAAAGUCAGGAGAAUUGAAAUCUCAGGGAUCAUUUGAGCUUGGUACUGAUGUUGAGACACUGCAGCAACAAGUUCUGCAAUAUAAACAACAAGCAGAUAAAGCUAGAGACAUUUUAGCAGAAAAACAAAAAUACCAAUCUCAGGUUGUGAAGUUAGAAAUUCAACAGGAACAGUUACAGAAGAAAAUGAAGAAAGAAGUGGGCGAGUUGGAAGAACAGGUAAAGUCUUAUGCCAAGCAGCCUGAUUAUGAUGUCUGGGCGCAACUUCAUGCCACACAGGAGAAAUUGGAGAAAACAACAGAACAGUUAACAAAUACAAGUCAGCGUUUAAAUGAAACUGAUUCCAAUCUUCACCGUGUGAGUACUGAACUGGCUUCAAGAGAAGCAGACUUGCGGGAUUUACAACAGGAACUGUGGAAGACAUCUGGUCAGUUGUCAGUAACGAGUGGGAAGCUACAGGAAACUGAGGAGAAACUGAGACAGAUUAUGGGUCAAGUGACAGAACGAGAAGAACAGAUACACCAGCUGCAGGGUGAACUUCAAUAUACACAACAUGAAGUAGAAAAGGCUGCUGUGAAGUCCAAGGAAGUGCCAGACAUCAAACCAGGGGAAGUUGAAAAACUCCGUAAACAACUGAAGGCUUCACAAACAGAACUUGAAGCUGUAAAGAAGAGCCUUAAUGAAGCUGUAGAGAUGAGUGAACAGCAGCUACAGAUGGUGGAAAACAAGGACCAGGAAUACAUGAAACUCAAACUAGAUAUACAACAAACACUAGCAGACAAGGAGAAAACUAUCCGAGAACAGAGAAAUAAACUUAAAGAAAAGGAACAAGAAGUGAGCAAGGUGAAGCAGGAGGUGAAAGAGAAGGAGAAAGAGAUAGCUAAAGUGAGACAGGACGUUCCUGAUGACAGUGCUCUGUCCACUAUAGCGAGUCUGAGGUCACAGAUACAGAGUCAGGAAGAGGUGAUAUUGAACCUAGAGUCUGACCUUAGGGAAUCUCAGACUGCAGUUGAAGAACGUGAGAAGGAUAUUGAUAAUAUACAUAAGACACACAAAGAGUCAAAGGAUAAUGAGGCAGAUACUAUCCAGGCCAUGCAUAAUCAGAUUGCUGAUCUACAAAGAGAACUGGAAGAGCUUAGGUCAGCAACCAAGUCCCAGGGUCAAAUGUCGAGGUCACUAGAUGACAUGGACAGGGAGCAAAGUCCAUAUGAUCAAAAUGGGCAUCCAGUUUCUGGGGCUGAUGGUAGUUCCAGAGAUCGUCAAGCAAAUGAGACUGUCAGAGGGCAGGGUAGGGGGAGGUCACCAGACCAGUCUUUGACCCAAGGUGGACAAACAUUUGCAGUAGAUGACCAAGAGGACUCUGGUCACCAGUCUUUUGACCAACAGAGCAGAGGUCCACAAUUCAGUCCAGAAGGCCAGAGUUUGUCACCAAGGCAACUUCGACCUUACGCUGUGCAAGAGAUAGCUGAAGAAAUGCAGAGAAACGAAGCUAGUCAGGUGCACAGCACUUUAACUGGUAGUUCCAGAGGAAGUUCAAGACAUACGAGCCCACAUACUGUAGGUACUCAAGAUGCUGUUAUGAAAGCUUACAGCCCACCAACUAGAGAUAGUCCUCAAACACAGUCCAGCAUUAAAAGUGAUCACAUCCAGGGUCAAAGUUCAUCGGUUAGAAGUUCACCAGUUGAAGCACAGUAUGAGCAGAGAGUAGAAGGACAGAGAUCCCCUGGUAGAAAAUCUUCAGAACAGCUUGAUCAGAGAGGUGAAGGUUCAAGGUCAUCACUUAUAAGGUCACCAACAGAAAGUAAAAGGUCAUCCAGUAGUAGUUCGCCAAGGUCAGGCCUUGUUGACCAGAGAAGUGAGGACCGGGGUUCAAAAGCAUCUAAGAGAAGUCCAACCUUUUAUGGGGAUGGGGAAGGGUCUGACAGAAGAGACAAACAAGGAGUUCCUGCUGAGAGGCAAGCAGUGGGAGCUUCUUUUACAAUUGAUGAAAAAAGACAGGUGUAUCAAACUGGACCACAGUCUGGUUUUAGUGAGAAUGAACGCUAUGUUGGUGAAGAUGGUCAGUUGUAUGACAGAGAUGGAAAUAUUAGACCUCGGUAUAGUCAAGGCACAGAAGGUCGAGCAGGUCAAGGCCAUAGCAGGAGAGUUCAAACUGCCCAGUCAGAAGGUGAAAGAGCCCAAUAUCAAAGACAACAGCCUAGUGAAGGUCAGGAGUCACCUUAUGUGAGGUCACAGAGUGGCCAAGAUGUAAGUGCAGAUCAAGGUGAGGGUGUAUCCACAGAGGCUGACAGGUAUAUUCAACAGUUAAGGAGAGAACUUCUGAUUACUAAAACAGCAUUGAUGCAGAUCCAGAGAGGUGAGAGACUUGAUGAAGAUGAAGUAACAUCUGCUGACCUUGCAGCCAUAGAAAUAGAAGCAAGGUCAGAUAGAGGUCAAGGUGACACAGGAUUUUCUGCACAACUUGAUAGCCUUAGAGGAGGUGAGAGAUAUGGUACAAUACCAAGUGAAGAAAGCUUGAAUAGAUUGAAAAGAAAAUUAGAAAGGGCAGAGGAAGAAAUUGAGCUAUUUAGGUCCUCAUCAGAUCUCUCAGCACGAGAUUUUGUGCAGAAGGUGAUGAACCUUAAGGAUGAAUUAUCCAGUGAACAUCAGAGACAUAUAGAGGAGAUGACUAAACGUGCACACCAGGACACAGAGACACAGCUUGCCACGAUGCGUAUUAAGUACACUGAUGAGAUCGAGCAUAUGAAACAGAGACACGGUAGAGAACUAGAGGAGAAGUUGCGGGACCAGAAGCACAAAAUGGAACGUAAACAUAAGAGUGAGACUAACAAACUUAUCCUUAAACACCAAGAGGAGGUUGGAGCACUCAAGUUGCAUGCUGGAGUAGACCUCGAUGAUACAUCAGUGUAUGAUCGUCAGCAGAGACAGAGACAAGAAGGGGUAGGAGCAGAUCAGGGCAUGAUGAACGGUCACGGUGCAGAGCCUAUGUCAGGGAAACUUCAGGGUAUUCUGCAAAGGUUACACAGUGAAGGGGUUCAGGUGCUCACCAUCUCCGAACUGGAGCUCCUGAAUCGUAGCCAGUCCCAGUCUGUCCCUCGUGAUGCGGACGUCGAGUCAAUGAAAGCGGGUUGGGAGAAUGAACGUCAGACCAUGCUGUCCACCAUACAGUCACUGAAAGAUCUCCUUUCUCAGACACAUAAACUUAGGGGCCUUGAUAAGGAUGAUGAUGACGAUGAUGAUAUGAACUUGGAAGGCUCUGAUUGGAGGGCUGAGUUGCUGCGUGCUAUUGGUUACGUAUUCACCAAGGAACGAGAAACACUAUUGGCUGAACUGAGGUCUCAUGUCCUGUCUCAUCCAUCUACCAAUAUGGAUGAAACCCAGAGACUGGAACAGAAGAUCAGGACAAUGGAGUCUCACCACCAUGCUGCCCUUGACCAGAUUUUCAGUGCUGACAGACAGUCCAUGUUGGCAGAGCUUCGAGAUUUACGUGCACAUGCUACAAUAUCUCGCAUGCAUCACCAGGAAGAGAGAGACCGUCUGGCCGACAAAGUCACCAACACAGAAGAUGUAGCCCUGAAGAAAGAAAGACAGUUAAAACGUGAAGACUCGGAUGAAACUGACUCGGAAUAUGCAGAUUUGCCUCAAGAGCCAGAACCUGUUGAUUUUAUAUCAGCCGGAGUUCAACUUCUGGAGUUUAAAAUCCAGCAAGAAAAGGUUUUACAAGAGGAUCUGCGCACAAGUCUUGAUACCGAGCGUAACAGGAGUGGCGAACUCUCUGGCUUACUGAACCAAGAGAAAACUAGUAACCUUGACCUACAGACAUCAGUCUCGGCCCUACAGACGCAGGUUUCCAGGCUGCGGGAGAAUUUAGAGAGAGAACAGAGCAGAUAUGUCUCUGUCACAUUGAUGUGGAACUCUCUAGUGAAUGCAUUGGAAGAAGAAAAGUCAAAAUCACUCAACCUGUCGGACUUACUGGAAUCUGAAAGGGAAACAUUAUGGCGCGUGCAGGCCGAGUUGGAGACGCUUAAACAGCAGCAGGCAUACACAGAUCCUAGAGCCGUCGAGCAAAUACAGACUGAGCUUAACAUGGAAAGAGAUCGUCGUUGUCAGGCAGACAGUCAGCAUGGAAUUGACAUGGUUACUAUGGAAAAUCUGCGACAGGAAGUAGAGAUGGGCAAACGUCAUCAACAUGCAGUGGAGACAGAACUUGGAGCUAAAGUCUCACAACUGCAGAGGACCAUAGAUAUGGAGAGGCAGAAACAUACAGAGAUAAACAGAGCUUUAGAAAGAGAACGAUCACUGUCUGCUCAUCUGCAACAAAGUUUGGAAGCUGAGAAAUCCAACUCUGAGAGGAGUACUAAUCAAGAUCAGACCAUGUUAGAAGAUCUUCACAUGCAACUGGAAACUGAGAGAGCCAAUCUUGAUGACUUGAAUCGUGCUCUUCAACGAGAACAGAAGGCAAGAGAAGAAGCAGAGUCAGAGAAAAACUUGGUGAAAGAUCAUCUGAAUCAGGAAAGAGCUUUGAAUGAAGAAUUUAAACAUGAUGUAGAUAAACUACAGUUUGAACGUCUUGAAGCUGUGAACAAGCUGCAGAAGGAACGAGAACUGGUGUCUCGUCUCAAAGCGGAACGCGAUCAGGUGAAUGAAGAUCUACGUAAGGUGAAAUCUCUCGAGAUUCAGCGAGAUCAUGAUCGUGAAGCAGAGAGGCUGGCCAGCAAGAAGUCAGUGAGAGAGGCAGAUAGAGAGAAGGAAGAAUACAGAAUGAAACUGCAUGAACAGGAGUUAGAGACCCAACGUCUCACCCAGAAAGUCUGUGGCCUUGAAGACCAGUUGGCAGAGAGCCAAGAAAAUGAGUUAAAGGCAAUUAGAGAAUUGGAACAAUUGAGAAUAGAAACAACACAUGCUGUGGCAGAUGAGAAGAUGGCAUCAGCACAGACUUCUCCAAGACCCGACUUUAGUGAUGGUAUGUCACAAGAUUAUGAGAAUGGUGGGCGUGAGAGUUGGCAUGUAUACAGGUCACAGCUAGAGAGUAUGUGUCAGAGUCUACAUUAUCUCGUCCUGAGAUGUAGAGAACAGCUUAACAAGGCUUCUCAUAGUGGCGGAAGACAAGCAGAAUUGGCAGAUUUCGAUGCUCUCCAGAAAUCAUUACGUGACCUUCUAUCUGAGGUUAAACAGCUACAGGAAAUGGAGGGAGAAUACAUGUCACAUCCAUCUGGUAGUGUCAAUGAGAGGAUCCUCCGGCAGAACGAGGAACUCACCAACUUUGUGGCAAGGAUCAGUGAGGAAAAGACAGAGUUGCGUAACACAUUGGCAAGACUGGAGGAGGAAAUUUGGCGAUACAGACAGAUGGAUUCCAAAUAUCAGGAGAUGCAGAGAAUGUCGAGUGGUACAGAUCAUCAAUUGAUUGCUGAGAGAUCAGAGUGGGCCAAGGAAAAACUCUCUCUACAGAUGGCGCUCAAUACUGCUGAAAGGGAAAUUGAUCUUUUACAAACAGAUUUACGUGUUGAGCGAGAGCGGCGAGUAGCAGCUGGAAUCACAGAGACCAAGGACAAUGACAAAAUCAAAAUUCAAAGACUUUAUGGAAAAUAUUUACGAGCAGAAAGCUUCAGAAAAGCUUUGAUAUAUCAAAAGAAGUACUUGUUACUGUUGCUGGGAGGUUUCCAGGAUACAGAGGAAACUACCCUGGCACUUUUAUCACGCAUGGGGGCUGUAGACUCUCAUAGACAUAGCAGUUACAGACGACAGACUAAACCGUUGACAACCUUUAGAGGGGCUGUCCGGGUGGUGAUUGCAAUACAAAGGAUGAAGUUUUUAGUGAAGAAAUGGAGGAGAGCAACGAGAGUUGGUUCAGAAGUUGUAGGUGGUGCAGUGGAUCAGACCAAUGGGUAUGUACCACAUUCCAAUGGCUAUUCACCGCCACGUCCUCAUACGUCUCCAAGGGUCUCGGCGAUACCAGUGAGAUCCGCUUCAUCCUCCCCAGCACGUUCCAUGUCAUACCGCCAACCAUCACCAACACGUGCCACAGAUCAUGCCAUGUAUCUGAGUCCAAGAUUUGAUGUGGACUCCUACUCUUCAUCAUCAUACACGUCUCCUAGAGUUACGACGACAAGUCACGUUCCGUCUACCCCACCCACCAAAGACUACAGUAGUACAACAAAAUAUACCUCUCCUUCAUCUGGUGCUAGAAGAAAAAUUUUGACAUCAACCAGUAUUCCUGCACCAAGGUCCGGUCGUGUGAGAUUCACGUCGGAUGACAAUAAAAAUGGUGAUCUAGGGGAUAGUGAUGAUUAUAUACAUAGAUUAGAAAGUUUGCAGUCUAGGCUAGGAACAUUGCAAAAUGCUGUAAAAUGGCUUGGGGGAGAGAGAACAUUUUAUGUGAGAGAACUUUGUAUUUAAGGGUAGAAAAUGCAGUUACAGACAAGCAUGGAGAUAGAGCAAUGCGCAUGUGUUCAGAAAACCAAUUCUGUGCCAUCCUGUCACAUGACUUGGUCAUGUGACCAGUGUGCAAGUCAGGGCGACCAAUAAGCAUGAUCAUGUGACUUGUAUGUGAUCAUGUGACCAAUGAAAUAUAGACUGUGAUAUUAAUAGAUUAGGACAAAACUUACUGUUGUGGUGACAUUAAAGUGCACGAAGUGUUGAUGUGGAAUUGAAGACAAGAGAUGGUGAAGGUUGCAUAUAUAAACUGUAUUGUUACUAUAUAUAGAAAUAGUUGCUUAGUUGUGUGCUAUUUUAUAGUUAAUGCAAUUUUACCAGUAUUGUCGAUAUAUUGGGACCAUUUAAAUGUUAUUAUGAAAAAGGAAUAAUUACCACUGCCAAUUUCUGCGAGUGCAAGAAAACCCUACAAACGUUUGAAAGUGUGUUUGUGGGCUUUUGCACUCAGUUUUAAAGUUUGCCAUGAUUGAUUUUUAAAUCUCAUAGAUAAUAAUCUCAAUGUAGGUUGUGUAAUAUACAUGUCUUUUUGUCUCAGAAUUCCGUCCAAAUGUUUCUACAUAUGCAGCUAUGUAUUUUAUACGUUGAUCUAUCUAUGUGAAAUAUAACUUGAUUUGUACAGAAUACAUCAAGGCCUAUAUAUCCAUUGUAGAAGGCCUAUAGAUAGGUAUUUUCUGUUGAAAAAAAGGCCUAGGGCAUGUAUUUUAGAUAUUAAUGAAAUUUGUAUGAUAUGAUUAUUUAGAUUCAAGGAUUUUAUAUGGUAAAUGUUUGGCUGUUAUAUAUGCUUUUUUUAUGGAUUCUGAUGGCCUAACUCUGUUUCCAUACAGAAAACAGUGUAACAAAAUAAGUAAAGAAUAUUCUCUAGUCACACAAACUGUGAUUUGGGGAAAAAUCUUGCAAUAGAUUAAAGUUCUUACUGUAUCAUUAAUCGUUCGAAACAAUAUUUUUUCAAAACUGUAAAUUCAUGUUACAAUGCUUUAUUUGACAAUAUUUGGGGUUUUUAUUUUAGUAUAUAUAUCUGUGUAUAUAGAUUUUAUACAAAAAGAACUAAUUUAUUCAUGUAUAUAGAUUGCACACAUGUAUGUGAAAUCAUAGUGACUCAAUGAAUCUGAUCAUAAAACA